AUGAUGUGGCUUGCCAGGCUACCAAUGCUGUGCUCUUUAGUUAUAUUCCAAGCAAGGUUUACACUCAACAAACCAUUGCCAAAAUGGGAAAACGACCUUCUGACACAUUAUGAAGAAGAGGCAGAGGAGGUUCUGAGCUCCCUCACUGGAACAAUGAAAGAAGAACUUAAAGAGAGUCUGAAUUUAACAGGAGCUGUAUUUCAAGAGAAGACCACAAUGAAGCUUCCUCAGUAUAUGAUUGACCUCUAUAACCAGUAUGCAGAUGAUAGGACGUCUAUGCCAGUGUCCAACAUAAUCCGAAGUUUUAAUGUUGAAGAUAUUUUGUCGUCAUGUUCCCAAGAAAAUCUACUACAGAGUGCCAUUUUGCUGUUUAAUGUGACUAUCCCCCAACAUGAGGAGGUCAUGAAGGCUGAGCUCAAGUUGAAGCUUUCUUUAGGACAUUCUAAUUUGGGACACCUCAGUCUAUUUGAUGUCAUACACCUUGAACCCUCAGAGAACCUAAUGGACUCCAAUUCUUUUUUAUCUUCUAAAGAUAUCAAAGGAGAUGACUCUCUAACAAUUGAUGUCACCAAGGCAGUGAAACGAUGGAUAAAGUCCAAGGUGCAAUUGAAUAAACUAGAAAUGUUUCUGAAGAUGAAGGCUCCACUGGAUAUGUGCUUCAAAACCGAAGAGUCUGCUGUAUAUUCUGAUAGUAGUCACCCUCCCAUUUUAAUCAUUUUCUCAGAUGAUCAAAGUGAAAAUAAUGUGAAGGAGAACCCCAUGGAUUUAACCCAAAUGAUGUUUUAUCAGCAAAGUAACAACAUUGAAAUAUAUUCCAAAAAUACCACAGAUGAUCAUGGUGAAGGACACGAACCCUUAGAGGAAGGUAAACCAAGGGCAAAGCGCAGUGCAGAAAGGAGCCACUGCACAAAGGCAUCACUGAUAGUCAACUUCAAAGACAUUGGAUGGGACUCCUUCAUUCUCUUUCCUCCAAGUUAUGAUGCUGGCCAGUGUGUAGGAGAUUGCUACCUUCCCCUUACAGAUAAUCUGACUCCUACAAAACAUGCCAUUGUGCAGUCAGUGAUGCAUAAGAACAAACCCAAUGAUGUGCGAAACGUUUGCUGUGUGCCAACCAAAUUAGAUAGUAUACCUGUUUUAUACCUGGAAAAACAAACAGCCUCCAUAACUGCAAAACAACAACCAGCCUUGAGGAAAUAUUACGACAUGAAAGUAGUGGAGUGCGGCUGUAGGUAG